AUGAACAGUGCCCUAGCGAACAGUGAUGACCAGUACCGCGCAGUGUUCCCCCGCGACUGCUUGAGUCUCUUCAGGGACUCCUGCAACGGGCUCGUCCUCUUCGAGCACCGCCGGGAGCCCCGCGGCGGCAGGAUGGGCUACAUUGUGUGCAACCCGACCACCAAGGAGUGGGAGGCCGUGCCGGCCUGCGGCGACCCUAAGCUUCCUCUGACCUACCCCUAUCUGGCCUUCGACCCGGCCGUGUCCGCGCACUUUCACUUGGUCCAGUUCCAGGUGAGGGACGAUGAGGAGUUCGUCUCAGUGCACGCCUACUCCUCCGAAACCAAGACGUGGGGUGGCAACCAGAUCAACGAGGGGUGGCGUCAGGUCACAACGUUUCUUAUUGCACAUCCUCACUCCCGGUGCCCCUUUAUCAAUGGCUUCCUGCAUUUGCUAGUCUUGGACCAGGAUCAGAUGAAGAUAGCUGUUGUGGAUGUACAAGGCAGGGCAAGAGGGAUGAUCCCGGUGCCACCUGGGCACCAGUGGAUGUGCUAUUUUGGUGAAUCCCAGGGGCAGCUGCACUACAUGUCUCAGGAAAUAUUAGAUGAUGGUGAAGGGAAGUACAAUCUGUCCGUCUGGGCUCUUGAGGAUUAUGAUGCACAGGAAUGGGUGUUGAAGGGCACUGUGAGCACUUACGAGGUCUUUGGAGAAGAUAGCUGCAUAAAUUGCACCGCAGAGCCGGAGUUCGAGGUGGUUGACAUUCAUCAAGAUUGCAAUGUGGUUUUCUUAACUCACCCCUUGGAGCGUAGUAAUAUGGUAGCAUACGACAUGGACAGUAAGGAAGUGAGCAUUAUUUCCACUCUCGAUGAUGGAAAGGAGCUGAUGGGUACUGCUCGCUAUGUUCCGUGUCGGUUUUUGUGA